UCUUGGCCAUGAGACUUCAUCCCUUGAGGCCAUUUUUUGAGACUUUGCCACCAGGGGCUUUUCCAAACCAUCACCAGCCCCUGUGGCAGUGGCCCUUGAGGCCAUUUUGUGAGACUUUGCCACCAGGGGCUUUUCCAAGCCAUCCCCAGUCCCUGUGGCAGGAGCCCCGCAGGCCAUUGUGUCACACUUGGCUGCCAGGGGGUUUUCUGAGGUUUCUGCCCCGCAGGUGCCCUCAAGACCAGACUGUGCCAUGGCGGGGGGAUGCUUCGGUCUGCUGGGCCCCCAGAGCCUUUGAGGCCAGCAGAGUGUGGUGGGAAGGGAAGCCCUUCCUGCGGCAAGCUGGGCAAGCUGCUGGGUCUGGCAGCUCUCCAAGUGUCUCCCACUCCCCUCCAGGUGCCGGCCAUUGUCAGAUCCAUCCACCAGUGGCUCACGUGCCAGGAGUCUCCAGAGGUCAGGCCGCCCAUUGCCAUCCGCAGGCUGGCCCACGCACACCCUGGGCACGUGGUGACGACUCUCCUGCACUGUGCCCCAGCGUGUGACAGAGCUGCUGCAAUCCUGUGGAGGAUCAUCGCCUCCUCGGCCACCACAGCGCACAAGGUGCUGCCAACGCUGCUCGGGGUGAUGGAGGACUGGCCACUGCACAGCGUGUGCACCUCCAACGGGGACCACAUGGACGUCUUUGCCCUGGCUGCAACCCUGGCCCUGUGGCUGAUGGUCCAGGAGCCCCAGUGCCAAGAUGCACUGUUCGUUUAUGCCCCUCGUCUCCUCCUGGCUCUGCUCUGCCAAGUUUCUAUGAGCACUGAGCAGAUGCCACAGGAGGUCAGCACCUUCUGGAGGGGAUGCCAGGAGCAACAUGGCCUUCCCACCCACCCCAACAGCUUUGUGGUGCAGACCAUCCGGGCCCUGCUCUGCCGGCUGCAGUGGGACCAGGAGCUGGUGUCAGUGGAGCGCAAGCGUGGCUGGGACGCGCUCCUCUCUGCUGACACCCACCACUACGCGGUGGGGCUGCUGGCCAGGGAGAUGCACCACGUGUUGGUCCCCUCCUAUGGGCCGCUGGCAAGGCACCUGCUGGGGCUGCUCAGCAGGGAGGGGCCCCGCUGGGAGCUGCCUGCCCUGGCCUUCCUUGUCGAGGUCCUCAACUAUUUGGACGUGAGCGCAGGUGAUGACAGUGUCCUGCAGAUCCUGGCAAGGCACCUGCAGAGCCAGUGCCCAGAGAGGCGGCGCCUGGCUCUGCGAGGGCUCCUGGUUCUCAGCGGGGAUCCCUCCAUGGCCAAAAGCAUCUGCAGCCUGUCUGAGCACCUCCUGGAGCUGCUGCGUGAUGGAGAUGGAGAGCUGGUUGCCAUGACCCUCUCCACGUUCCUGAAUGUGCUCCAGGAUGAGGAAGACAGGGAAGGACUCAGCUCCACUUCCCCAAGGCUGGCUGAGGCGCUCCGGCCAGUCUUUGACAACGACAACAGCCACGUGCAGCUGCUCUCCAUUCGCCUCUUCCGAGAGGUGAUGGAGGUGCUGGCGGAAGAGGGAACAGAGCCCUGGGAGAUGCAGGUGCGCCAGAGCCUGGUCCCACUGUUCUUCCGCUGGCACGACGAGAACCAGCACGUGGCAGAGGCCGCUCGGGAAGCGCUGCUCUGGGCUACAAGCUUCCUCAAGAGGAAGGACCUGGAGCAGCUGCUGAAGACAGAGCAGCCCUUCAGGUUCUGUGACUGCCUGAUGGAAAAGGACAGGAGCCAAAGGGGCGAGCACCUGCAGCAGGCCCUGCCCUACCUGCAGAGCCCACAGGAGCCCCUGCGAGAGGCGGCCGUCAGGUUCAUGGGUGAGCCCCAAGGCCGCGGUCCCUCCCCGCCCCGCUGCAGCUCGGCCCCAGCCCCGGCUGCUGCAGCGGCAGCAGGAUGGGCCCAGGGAUGUGCUGGGGAGCCCCGAGUGCCCUGGCGGCUGCUGCCGCCCUCUGCCAGCCCAGCCCCGGGGCCUCCCCAUGCGGAGCCCCUGGGCCCUGACAGCCUCUGUGUUCCCAGGGCUCGCCGGCUGGCACAUGAGGGAGUGGCAGCAAGACCUGUGGCCCAUCCUCAAGGGCCUUACAGCCAUGAGUGACGACGACUGCCCCUCCCUCUCCAACAUCAGAACUCAACUCGUGGACACUUACAGCCGUGCCAGGAGACGACCAAUGUCCCUGCAACAGCCCCGCA